AGUAACUCGUUUAUAGAUAGGCAGGAUUUAGAGCAGUUUUUGUUGUCGUCUUUAAUAGAUUUUGAAUACUUAUUGGAGUUUGUCAGUAAUAACUCAUUAUACCAUGGACUACCAGAAGGAUAUGUCUAAUAGACUUGAAGAGUAUUUAACACAAUCAAUUAUAAAAGAAUGUUUAGUUCAUCUACAAACAGUUAAAUCCAUACCAAGACUUUACAGGAAAACUAAUAGAUCCAUCCCCACAUAUGCAAGCCCAUAUGUUUUUGAAAUUUUAAAACCGAUACUGAACUUCAAAGAUAAACAGAAAAAUACCGCAUUAAUUAAAAACGACAUUUUAACAACGAUUGUUAUGCAAGUUGCAAAGGACUUUUUAUUUGAGAUACAAAAUGUGUUGAAUUCUUUACAAAAAACGAAGGAAUCCAUAAGGAAAUUGAAAAACAGACAUAAAACCGUCACCGAAGACGCAAUCGAUAUGUCGGCGACCAAUAAAUUUUCGGAUGAAUUUAAAAUGAAGCAGCAGAUUCGUCUUGAUAUAGAAUAUUUUCUUCAUAAGAUUAACUCUCUCAGUCUAGAAUAUGAUACUGAUUUGAGCCUGAGACUAAAAUAUGAAUUGGAUAAA